AUGAGCUUCGUGCGGAGAAGGGGCUUCUACAAGCAGGACGUGCACAAGACGGCCUGGGAGCUCCCCAAGACCUACGUGUCCCCCACGCACGUCGGCAGCGGGGCCUAUGGCGCCGUGUGCUCGGCCAUCGACAAGCGGUCUGGGGAGAAGGUGGCGAUCAAGAAACUCAGCCGGCCCUUCCAGUGUGAGAUCUUUGCCAGGCGUGCCUACCGGGAGUUGCUGCUGUUGAAACAUAUGCAGCAUGAAAAUGUCAUCGGGCUCCUCGAUGUCUUCACGCCAGCCUCCUCCCUGCGCAGCUUCCAGGACUUCUACCUGGUGAUGCCCUUCAUGCAGACGGACCUGCAGAAGCUCAUGGGCAUGGAGUUCAGUGAGGAUAAAGUCCAAUACCUGGUGUAUCAGAUGCUCAAAGGGCUUAAGUACAUCCAUUCGGCAGGGGUCAUCCAUAGGGACCUGAAACCAGGCAACCUGGCUGUGAAUGAGGACUGUGAGCUAAAGAUCUUGGAUUUUGGGCUGGCGCGGCAUGCAGAUGCAGAGAUGACCGGCUAUGUUGUGACCCGUUGGUACCGUGCCCCGGAAGUGAUCCUCAGCUGGAUGCACUACAACCAGACGGUGGACAUCUGGUCUGUGGGCUGUAUCAUGGCAGAGAUGCUGACAGGCAAGACACUCUUCAAAGGCAAAGACUAUCUGGACCAGCUGUCGCAGAUCCUCAAGGUGACCGGGGUUCCAGGCCCAGAGUUUGUACAGAAGUUGAAUGACAAGGCGGCCAAAUCCUACAUACAGUCCCUGCCUCAGAGCCCCAAGAAGGACUUUUCUCAGCUCUUCCCACAGGCCAGCCCCCAGGCCAGGGACCUGCUGGACAAGAUCUUGGAGUUGGAUGUGGACAAACGCCUGACGGCCUCGCAAGCCCUCGCCCACCCAUUCUUCGAGCCCUUCCGGGACCCCGAGGAGGAGACUGUGGCCCUGCAGCCCUUUGAUGACUCCCUGGAGCAUGAGAAACUCACCGUGGAUGAAUGGAAGCAACACAUAUAUAAGGAAAUCACAAACUUCAGCCCUAUUGCCCGGAAGGACUCACGGCGCCGGAGUGGCUUGAAGCUGUAAUGACCUACCAGCCAGGUUCUGGGACGAGCAGACAUAUGGCCUCGGCCUGCACUGCCUGGGACCAGAAUUUAUUGGUCCUGACCAAAGUUCCUGCUUUUCUGGUAGAAAAGCUCUUCACAAGA